AUGUGGCCAGGCUCGCGGCCGCUGAGGCUGUUCAAGCGCUCGCCGGCCCUUCGAUUGACGUGUGCGAGUCGGAUAGGCUGGAUUGCGCAGCAAAGCCGGGUACUGACGACAACUUCACGAUGGCGGCAGGAGGCUCAAUCGCAGGCAGAAGCCGAAGCUGUCAAGGCGAUUCCAUACAGCGAAUUGACUAUUGGCGUUCCGACUGAAGUCCGGAGCGGCGAGAAGCGUGUGGCCAUCACGCCAACAAAUGCCGCUUUGCUACUCAAAAAAGGCUUCAAAGAAGUUCUAAUCGAGCAUGGAGCCGGCUUCCAGGCGGAGUUUCCGGCUCACGCGUACGAAGAAGCUGGCGCUACGCUGGUCAAUGCCAGUCGUGUCUGGACCGACAGCAACAUUGUACUCAAGAUCCGGCCACCGAGACUACGAAGCACGACUCUCUCGCCUAACAAUUUCAUCGAAGGCUUCCGUGAGGGAGGCGUGAUCAUAUCGAUGCUUCAGCCGAAUCUGGAUCGCAACAAGCCGAUCAUUGAUACCUAUGCUAAGAAAGGACUGACGAGCUUUGCUAUGGAUAUGAUUCCGCGAAUUACCAGAGCGCAGAGUUUCGAUGUGCUGUCGUCCAUGGCCAACAUCGCUGGUUACAAGGCUGUAUUGGAAGCUUCGAACCACUUCGGACGAUACAUGACUGGCCAGACGACCGCAGCAGGCAAAGUGCCACCUUGCAAGGUUCUGGUCAUUGGCGCUGGUGUAGCAGGUCUCAGUGCUAUUGCUACAGCACGACGAAUGGGCGCUAUUGUACGCGGCUUUGAUACUCGCUCAGCAGCUCGCGAACAGGUGCAGUCGCUAGGAGCCGAAUUUAUCGAAGUAGAAAUCAAGGAAGAAGGCUCAGGUGGCGGCGGGUACGCCAAAGUCAUGUCCAAGGAGUUCAUCGAUGCAGAGAUGAAGCUCUUCAUGCAGCAAGCGAAAGAGGUCGACAUCAUCAUCACGACUGCACUCAUUCCUGGCCGACCCGCACCAACACUCAUCACCGAAGAGAUGGUGGCGAACAUGAAACCUGGGUCAGUCGUUGUCGACUUGGCUGCUGAGGCAGGAGGCAACUGUGAGAUUACUGUGCCUGGCCAGCUUUCACAUCACAAGGGUGUCACAGUCAUUGGGUAUACGGAUCUGCCUUCUCGUCUCGCGACCCAGUCGUCGACGUUGUUCUCCAACAACAUCACGAAGUUCCUCCUUUCCAUGGCGCCAAAGGAGAAACACUUUGGUGUUGACAUGAACGAUGAAGUCGUCCGGCGGUCUAUUGUGACCCACAACGGCGAGAUCAUACCUGCGCUACCCCCUCUCGCUCCUCCACCUGCGCCUGCGAAGAAGGAAGAGGUCAAGGAGGCGGAAGUUGUGGCCUUGACGCCAUGGCAGAAAGCCACUCGAGAAGUCACUACCGUCACUGGCGCCAUGGGCUCCGCAUUGGCACUCGGCAAGCUCACGGGUCCAGUAUUUAUGGCCAACGCCUUCACCUUCUCCCUAGCUGGCAUGAUCGGGUACCGAGUCGUAUGGGGCGUUGCUCCGGCCCUCCACAGCCCGUUGAUGUCUGUCACUAACGCCAUCUCUGGUAUGGUCGGUAUUGGCGGCUUCUUCAUUAUGGGCGGCGGCUACCUACCUCAGACAUUGCCACAGACCCUCGGUGCACUGUCCGUUUUGUUGGCCUUCGUCAACGUCUCUGGAGGUUUCGUCAUCACCAAGCGCAUGCUGGACAUGUUCAGACGUCCGACAGACCCGCCGGAAUACCCAUGGCUGUACGCAGUCCCAGGUGUACUUUUCGGCGGUGGCUAUCUUGCCGCUGCGAGCACUGGUAUGGCUGGCUUGGUGCAAGCUGGCUACCUCGUUAGCAGUCUGUUGUGUAUCGGCUCCUUGAGCGGCCUUGGAUCGCAGGCAACUGCCAGGACUGGCAACUUGCUCGGUAUUCUAGGUGUCGGGUCCGGUGUGCUUGCAUCUUUGACAGCAGUCGGUUUCGACCCGGCAACACUCAUUCAGUGCCUUGCAGUCGCUGGUAUCGGUAGUGGUAUUGGUGGCCUCAUCGGCCGUCGCAUUACAGCCACCGAACUCCCGCAAAUGGUCGCUGCUCUGCAUUCAGUUGUGGGACUUGCAGCGGUGCUCACCAGCAUUGGAUCGGUCAUGGCCGCCAUCAACCACAUUGACAUGCUCCACAUGGUCACUGGGUAUCUCGGUGUGCUCAUCGGUGGCGUGACCUUUACCGGCUCCAUCAUCGCCUUCAUGAAACUCGCCGGCCGCAUGUCGUCCCGCCCACAAAUCGUGCCCGGUCGCCACUUCACCAACGGCGGCAUGCUCGUUGCCAACGUCGCGACCAUGGGCGCCUUCCUCACCCUCGCACCUGGCGCCCCAGUAGUCGCCGCAACCUGCCUAACCGCCAAUGCGGCCCUUAGCUUCGCCAAAGGUCUCACAACCACCUCAGCCAUCGGCGGCGCAGACAUGCCCGUCGUCAUCACCGUCCUCAACGCCUACUCCGGCUUCGCUUUGGUAGCGGAGGGCUUCAUGCUCAACUCUCCUAUCCUCACGACCGUCGGCUCCCUCAUCGGCGUCAGCGGCUCCAUCCUCUCUUACAUCAUGUGCGUCGCCAUGAACCGCAGCCUCACGAACGUUCUCUUCGGCGGCAUCGCCGCGCCUGCGACAACAUCGUACGAAAUCAAAGGCGAGAUGACCAAGACGACCAUUGACGAGACCGUUGAGACCUUGAAGAACGCGCAGAAAGUCGUCAUCGUCGUUGGAUACGGGAUGGCGGUCGCGAAGGCGCAGUACCCAAUCGCGGAUAUGGUGGCGGAUCUGAGGUCGCAGGGGAUAGAGGUCAAGUUUGCGAUCCAUCCUGUUGCUGGACGCAUGCCUGGGCAGUGCAAUGUCUUGCUUGCGGAGGCGAGUGUGCCGUAUGAUAUCGUGUUGGAGAUGGAUGAGAUCAACGAGGAGGGCUUCGAUGAUGUCGAUGUCACUCUAGUGAUCGGGGCGAAUGACACCGUCAACCCUAUUGCAAUGCAGAAGGACAGUCCCAUCGCCGGCAUGCCCAUCAUCGAGGCCUACAAGAGCAAGCAGGUCAUUGUAAUGAAGCGUGGUGCGGGUUCUGGAUACGCUGACGUGCCAAACCCAUUAUUCACAAGCGAUAAUACCAAGAUGCUGUUCGGAGAUGCGAAGAGUUCUUGCGACGCAAUCAAGGCUGCGUUGGGGGCGAAGUAG